AUUCAAAAAGCUUACACCCAAGCAACUAAAAUUAUGCGAUUUUCCAAAUAUUUGUGUUUUUUAAGUCAUUUGAAAAGAUAUGUAAAAGCAAGGCGGCUCAAAAGUUUUAUUUGUUAAAUUGAAUAGUAGAAAAUAAAUAUCAGAUAUGUUGGAAAUAUUCAGGACGCCCUAUGCGGACUCCAAGCAACUGCCGUUGGCCACUGGACCAGGUCCCAUCAUAAUUAUCCUCACCUGUUACCUUCUGGUAGUUUUUAAGGCCGGCAGAAAGUUUAUGGAGCAUCGUGAACCUUAUAAUCUCCGAGGAGUGCUCAAGUACUAUAACAUGUUCCAGAUCUGCUACAAUAUAAUGAUGCUCCUGCCCGGAUACUACUUCAUGUUGGCAUUCCAACCGUACAACUUUCGCUGCAUGACCGUCCUGCAGCAGGAUCAUCCGCUGAAGAACUGGGAGCGCUGCAUCAGCUAUGCCUACUACAUAAACAAGAUCGUUGACCUACUGGACACCGUGUUCUGCGUGCUACGGAAGAAGUACUCGCAAAUAACGUUCCUGCACGUUUUCCAUCACGUCCUAAUGCCCUCCGCCGGAUACUUGAUAAUACGAUUCUAUGGCUACGGGGGUCAGCUCUUCUUCCUGUGCUCAUUCAACGUAAUCGUUCAUAUUUUCAUGUAUGCCUACUACUAUGCGGCAAUCGAGGGCAAUACGGUGCGUUGGAAGCGGUGCUUGACCCUCAUGCAAAUGCUGCAGUUCCUCCUCAUGUUUGGCCACUGCGCCUUCACCGCCAUGCAGCGGCAGUGCACGGCCUCGCAGGGAACCCUCUUUGUGGUCAGCUGCUCCGCGGCGAUCAUGUUCAUCAUGUUCGCCAACUUUUAUUUCCAUUGCUAUGUGAGACCGAAGCAUAAGAAGAACUGAUGGUUAAAUUAAGUCGAAAAUUAAAGAUAUAUUGAUUUUUUCAUA